GGCUAUUUCUAGUGGGAGGGUUUUAUUCCAGCCUGCAGACCUCUCCGGACUCCCUCCUGCACCACAUUUUAUUUGCCAUGGCAUCUUCACUGACGAGUCUGGUUAACGAUGAUAGCAGAUACCAGAAAUGCUUCCAGCUUUUUCUGGAGCGCUCCUCUGAGCAUCAGUGUAUGCGGGACUUCAUCCACAAUAUGCUUCCAGAUAUACUGGCCAGCAUUGGUAACGGAAAGUCCCACCUAAAUGUCAUAGGAGUUGGAAGUGGAGCUGGUGAGAUUGACCUCGAGAUGCUCUCCGAGCUCCGUCUGAAGCACCCAGGGGUGACAGUGGAUAACGAGGUGGUGGAGCCCAGCAGCACUCAGCUAAAUAACUACAGAGUUUUGGUGUCACAGAAACCAGGUUUAGAUUACAUCAAAUUUACCUGGAACCAGAUGACUGCCAUUGAGUUUGAGGAGCACUGGAAAGUGAAAAAGAUGACUAAGAAGGCUGACUUCAUUCACAUGAUACAGAUGCUGUACUAUGUGAAGGAUCCUGGAGCUACCAUGAGCUUCUUCAGGAGUCUCCUGGACAAGAAUGGGAAGCUUCUUCUCAUGCUAGUGUCUGGUGAGAGUGGUUGGGAAAAACUGUGGCGGACCUACAGGAAUCAACUCUGUAACACUGAGAUAAGUCAGUGUGUGACCACUGGAGACAUCAAAAGCCUCCUGGACUGCAAGGGGGUGAGCUACCGGAGCUACGAGCUGCCAUCUCAAAUGGAUAUCACCGAGUGUUUCACCGAGGGGGAUGAGAAGGGAGAGCUUCUGCUAGAUUUUCUCACUGAGGUGCUGGACUUCAGUAAGACAGCCUCAUCUGAACUGAAAGCCGGUGUUUUAGAGUUACUCCGGCACCCAGACUGUAGUGUGGAGUCCAACGGUAAAGUUAUCUUUAACAACAACCUUGGAGUGAUAGUCAUAGAUCAGCUUACUUAAAACAAGCGGUUCAUAUAGUGAAUGUGUUUUAAGGGUGAUUGUUUCCAAUUGUACAGUGUAUAAUUUACUGUAUGUAAGUAACACGUUUUUAGCCUCUGGGAAAUAACUUGUUUCACAUGAUCAGUUCUGUUUUUCUAGAACAGUAAUUUUUGUAGUUUGAUUUCAGUAUUAUUUCUUGAUUUCCUCUGUGCUUGUGCAAAAUGAAGAUGGAUUGAUUGUGAUUUUUUUUUUUUUUUUUCAAAUACAUUUUGUUUAAGUAACAUGAGCCACAAAAUGGGAAGUUCAGAGUUUGGAUCAGCUUCAGACAUCAGCCUCAUAUUCCAUCAUGAUAGCAUUUUUAAUGAGCUACAGCUGGCAGGCUGUGCUACCAACCCUACCACACUAUUGCUCCCAUUGGAUAAAAUUACUUUUGAAGUAUAAAGAUAAAUGUAAAAUUGAAGGUUUAAUUUUCCAUGGAGAUUGAGCAGUUGGGUUUGAUAAAAUGGACACUCCUGUGGGAGUUCCUGGAUUCUGUGUCUUUGCCUUUGAAUGUUAUGUAUUGAAAUGAGAGAACGUGAUUAGACAAAUAGAAAACUAGGACCUGUUUAUGCUGGCCUUUCUAUUUUGCAUUGCAGCUGUUGUAGAAUUAACAUGGCAAAGAAAUGUUUUUUUCUGAUUAUUUAAUCUAGUUAAAUUUCCAUAUUUAUCAUUGUUAAACGUUUUAAUAGUCAAAAUACACAAAUAAAUUGGACUGAAAUUACUGUUUUACAAAUGAA